AUGGACAACCCAUCGGCGUGGGACCUGAGGCCCACUGCCGGCGAGCUCGGGGCUGUCACCUUUGAUUUCGCAUCUUCGCUCCUCGCCGCCACCGGCCGCAUCCACAUCUCCAACCAGACGACAAUGACUGUCGAUGCGAUCGACAGUGGUCCCGACAUGGACAUCAUAUUCCGCAUCUACAACGUCUCGGCUGCCACUCGAGCCGCCCACUACAACGAUCCGCCUUGGUCCACCAGCUGGAGCCUCGCCACCGAGACCACUCUCUCCACCACAGCCGUCUUUGUCGACGCUCUCCGCGAUCUGCUCCAGGCUGGGGCAGACGAUCCGCUCUUUGACGGCCUGCAUCUUGCGCUCGCUGUCGAUCAGCUCGGGAGCAAGUGCGGCAAUGGGAACUUGUGCGACGUCGACGUCAGCAAUAACCCACUUCUCGUCCUCCGCUUCUACGAUGCCUGCCCGCCCGCCUCCCCCCCGGCCAACGGCUACAUCAUGGUUGACCCGCUGACCGAGUCCACCUAUGCUGUUGUUGGCGAUGCGCUCCGGAUCGCUUGCCUCCCUGGUUUUACCCUCGUCGGCCCCGCCAUCCACACCUGCGGCGCCGGCGGCGCAUACUCGCCGCUGACGACAACCACAACAUGGCCUGAUCCCGGCUCGUUCUUUGACGCCACCGCGUAUGCCUUUGAUCUCGCGUUUGUCUCGUGGGCAUCGCCAGACGCACUCUCGCCCGAUGCCAUCACGCUCGCCGAUGUCGGUGUGGACGUCGCCGCCGUCGGUCUCGGCUUUGCCUCGCCGUUCUCCAACAAGACGGGCUAUCAUCCCAUCACGGUGACCCGGAGACUCCGGAGCAGCGGCAGCGUUGUGGAUGCGACGACCAUCGAUCGGCUGCUGCUGUAUGUCAAUCACGAGUGCAUCAAGGUUGGGUAUGUCCUCUACGCCGGCGUCUGCCAGGCCUGUCCGCCCGGCGCGCACUGUCCUGGCGGCGAGCGGAUGUGGCCGCUGCCCGGCUGGUGGUCACCGAGCGAGCUCGCCAAGCCAACCCUGUGCCGGAUCCCGGCCGCCUGUCCGGGCGCGAUCGGCCGCCCUGUUUUCAAUCCCGAAGGCGGCCGCAAUACCGCACUCUGCGCUUCCGAGUAUACCGGGGCCUUUUGCGCGCUCUGCGCACCAGGCCACUUUAUGGACAAUGGCGUGUGCCGGAGCUGCGGCUCGGACGCGGCGGCGACAGCCGAGCUCACUAUCAUCAUCAUCUCGCUCGCGGCGUUCAUCGGCAUCAUCGCGUGGGGCCUGGCCACGCUCUCGGCCAAGCGCGUUGUUCUCGUUGUCUCCACCCUUGUCAUUCUCCAGCAACUGGCCAUGGCCUCGCGGCUCGGUCUCCAGGAGCUCUCUGACUCGGACACCUCGCCGGUCGUCGGUGGCAUGGUGCGCUUUGCCGCCAUCAUCAACUUUGAGAUCGAGACUGUCCGCCCCGGCUGCGACAUCCCAGCCAUUUCCUUCACCGGCAUCUACUACGGCACCCUGGUCUUGCUCCUCGGCUCGCUGGUUGUCUUUGCCCUGGCAGCCUGUGCCUGGCGUGUCAUCGGCCGCGCACGCAAACGCUCCCGAGACCUCGUUGCCCGAUCGCACCUCAACCUCACCACCGCUGCGUCACGCGAGCUCUCUUCUGAAUGGCUCACUCGCGCCCGGCUCAUCCAUGCUGGCCUCAUCCUCGGCUCGCUCGGCUACCUCCAGCUCGCUGUCCGCUCGCUGCAAGCGAUCCACUGCAUUCGGUCCGGCGACGGCAAGUGGCGCCUAAGCGCCGAUCUCACGCUCGAGUGCUACACUGGCGCACACAUUCCACUCGCCGUGAUUGCAUGGAUGAUCAUUGUUGUCUUUUGCGGCGGCUUUCCGCUCCUCGGCUUUGUCGUCGCGUUCCGGCUCUCGCGGCGGGCGCGCGCGGAGAGCAUCGAUCGCGAAGCGCUUAUGGAGCGUGUGGGGGUUGUCAUCCGCGGUCUUCGGGGCUCCCGGCUCUGGUUCCGGACACUCCAGUUUGGCGUCUCGUUUGCCUUUGCCGCCGAGACCGUUCUUGUCCGCGAGGCCGGAUCGCGGCUGCUGGCGGCGAUGCUCAACUUUUGCCUCAACAUUGUGCUUGUUGCCGUCCUCGACCCGUUCCUCCACCUCUACCACACCGUCCUGGCCAAUGUCAUCGGACUCCUCUCCUGCGGCCAGAUCCUGUACUUUAUCCAUCGUGAGAAUGCUCACUUGUUCACCAUCGCCCUCGCCGCCGUCCUCUCCUCGCUUGCCUGCACUGUCGGCCUGGCCGGCUGGCGCUUUGGCCGGUGGCAGGCUGGUCAAGGCAGCAAUGCCGUCGCGCCCGCGACGGACUUUGAUGAGGCUCCGCAGCUCAUCGCAGAGCUGAGCACCACGGUCAUCAACCUCAAGCCUGUUGACGGUGAGUCGUCCAGCGGUGACGACGUUGUUGAUGUCGACGUCGACGCCGUCUCUGACACGCUGGUGACCCGGACGUCGGGUGGCCUGGAUGCCGGUGAGAGCAGCCCGUGCAGCCCGUGCAGCCGCACCGAGUUCCGGCGGGCGGUGGCAAGAUCGGCUCGCGGAUCGGUUUCGGUUGCGGCCCGUGUCGUGGCCAGCAUGAUAGCCGAGCGGGCCGAGACGACAACGCGCGACCGCGCCAACUCGCUCAGCACCGCAGAUCAGAGCGAUGAUACCGCGAACUCCGUGCUAGGCAUGUCGACCAUUCUUGGAAAGAUUCCGAGUCGCCACCGGUCGGCAACUCCGCGGCGUGGAUCGAGUGAUCGAGCGGCGCGGGUCGGGGCCAUCCAAGCCGCGGUCGCCCAUUGCGGCGAGCGAUCGCCAGGCCGGCGCGUUGUCCGGCGGCGAUCGAAGGCCGGCUUGGCCUCGUCGCGGUCGCCAUCAAGUACCCGGCGGAAAGCGGCUGUCCGCAAGCGAGCGUCAAUAAGCCGCAGCUCGUCUGUGGUGAGAGUACGGACCCCGCGACGAAGGUCGGCCGGCCCGGCCUCGACCAUCGGGCUCGCCAUCGAAGCCGGGCUCGAUCCGCCGACUGCACUCGACCCGAGGCUGUUUGCCGGGCCGGCAUCGCCGAUCACACCGCACUCGCCGCUCUCGCCGUCAGUCCUCAUCAUUUCUGGCUCGAGCGGCGACGUCGCGAGCGACAGCCCGUCGGUUGCGGCUCUCAACCAGACGUCGCCGGCAAGGGCGGCUGGCAUGGUGAUAGUGCGAUCGGCAAGCGAGCGGUCGCACGACGACCAGCGCGAUUGGCUGCGUCGGUCCGCAACGCAAUCUGCGCUGUAA